GAAACUUCAGCAUAUCAACAUUAGAGCCAUGGAGACCAAGGAACAACUUCGGCACAGGACGGUGAAAGAGCUGAAGGAAAUGCUGCGGCAAGAAGGCUACAACCCGGGCGACAUCAUGGGCGUCGAGAAGGACGAACUUGUGGCAAAGUUGUGGAUGCUCCGUCAAAAUCCGAUGGAGGAGGACCCGUAUCCUCUACCACUCUAUUCCAAUUGUUGGACCCAGUUCAUCUUGCGAGCCCUCUUCCUCGCUGCGCUUCAAUGGAUUGUUAUGUCGUGCUUUAUUGCUAUCCAUUUCACCUUGCUGUCGAUCCUUAUAGUGGCUCUCGUAUUGACUAUUCGGAACAUUAUGGUUCGACGAGAAAAGGCUUUUCGAAGGCGGAAACGCAUCUAGGGAAAAAUACUAGACAAUAUAUGAAAUCUGAAUGUUCUGGGACCAAUGCAGCUGUGUCCAGUAAAGG